CGCCCUCACGUGCCGCGACUAUAGGAGCUCGGUCGGUGUGCGCGAGCGGCGGCCGUUGGAGUUCGUUGGUGACCGUUACUAGAACCGCGUCGACGACGACGGGCUCCUCCGACUGCGGCUGCUGCUCCUCCUCCUCGGAUCUUUUCCCUCGUUUACCCUUCAACCCAGAGAGAGCCGGAGGAUGGAGCAGGUACUGCACCGUCCGUGAGCCGGUCAGAAGGGAGGAGGAGGAGGCGGAGGAGACGCGGGAAGGACACCCAGCAGAAGCAGCAGCAGCAGAUGAGGCUCACUUGCCGCAGGCCCCGCCAUCGUGAAAUCGGACACCGACUUGCGGCCGCGGAUGGGGUGACCGUGCUCCCUGCUUCUCCGCCGCUACCGCCGGGGAGGCCCAUGACUUCGGACGAUACCUGCGCGGGAGCUGCCCGUGGUCGGCUGUAAGGUGGAAGGAAGGAGACGGGGGGAGGAAAAUGCAGACGGCGGAGGAGACGGCCGCCGCAGAAGAGCCCAUUUUGGAGGAAGGGUCGGGACGAGAGCAGCAAAAGCCCACCCAGCAGUCUCUGGCCUCCUCCCUGUGCAGAGAGUCCCACUGGAAGUGCCUCCUCCUGACCCUCCUCAUGUACGGCUGUUUCGCCACGCUGGCUUGGUGCGCUCUCUGUCGAGUGCCCGUCCUCGGCUCGUCUUCCUCCAUCCCUCUGGGCGUCGACGACGACGCGGCGUCCGCGGCCUACUACAAUGACAUCCUCCACCUGGAGAGUCCGUGCUCCAGCGGUUACGUCUACAUCCCCCUGGCCUUCCUGGCGAUGCUCUACGUGGUUUACCUGGUGGAGUGCUGGCACUGCUUCUCUAAGACGGCCAUGUUGGCUCACGCUGAAUUCCAGGAAGUGUACGAGCGGGUGCAGAGACUCCAACAGGCCACUCCAUGUAUUUGGUGGAAGGCCAUCAGUUAUCACUACGUGAGGAGGACCAGACAGGUGACCAGGUACCGCAAUGGAGACGCAUACACCACCACACAGGUCUAUCAUGAACGAGUGAACACUCAUGCCUCCAAUUCAGAGUUCGACUACGCCCGCUACGGCGUCAAAGAUGUGUCAAAAGAGCUGCUCGACCUGGAGCGGCACCCUGCUGUCCGCCUCCGCUUCACUAAAUGUUUCAGCUUCUCCAGUGCUCGUGCUGAAGCUGCUUACCUCACUCAGCGAGCGCGGUUCUUCGGGGAAAACGAGGGGCUCGACGACUACAUGGAGGCCCGUGAAGGAAUGCACCUAAAAAACGUGGAUUUCCGGGAGCACAUCCUGGCUUUCCCAGACCCGGCUCACCAGCCGUGGUUUUCAAGGCACAGGGUGUUCUGGCUGGCCUCCGCCUUCCUGCUGUCCUGGCCGCUGCGGGUGGUGUCCGAGUAUCGCACCGCAUACGUGCACUACCACGUGGAGAAGCUGUUUGGCGAGGACGAGGACAGCGGCGGAGGAGGAGGAGGUGUUGGAGGAGGGCAGGGUGGAGGCGGCAGAGGCGACCUGGUGGAAGGAGCGACCGAGAACGGAAUCCACGCGGGAGGCGUCGGGUUCGGACUGAACGGGACGAGCUACCGAGCCAUCUCUCGCGUCAACACGGUGGACAUGACGGAGCUGGAGUGGCACAUCCGCUGCAACCAACAAAUGGUCCCCAGCUACUCCGAGGCGCUCCUCAUGGAUCUAGAGUCGAGCGGGAGCACGAAUCCCACCGCCUCCACGCCCGUCUCCGCAACUCCGGGGAUCACUCCCACCCAGGGCCCGCACCCGCCACCUCUGGCUCUGCCCGUGGUCUUCAACUCCGCCUACCUGCUGCAGAGCUGCCCCAGAUGCAGGAGAACCACAUCGAGCUCCAGCCUGCCCUCCAGGAUCAGGGCUCCGAUGGGCACCACGGCCCUCCUGAACGCCACCGUGGCCGGGAUCCGGGCGGCGGGGCCGGGAAGUGGAGGCAUAGGAGGAAGACUGGUGCUCAGCCGUAGCGGCUUCUCCCUGGGGAGGCUGGGAGGCGGGCGGCAGAGCAACUUGUUUCAUUCAAGAAGCAUCGGAGGAGGACUGGGAGGCAGCAGGGAAGACGGAGGAGGGAGCGGGGGUGGAGGAAGCAUUGGGGGCGGAGGAGGAGGAGGGAGCGGGGGAUUCUUAGGUAUGGGCUCAAGACAGAACAAUGAGGAGACCAGGGGGGUCCUCGAAGGAGAUGGGGAUGAGGAGGAGGAGGAAGAGGAGCAGGUGAGGGGACGGGAAAGCGGGGGAAGAGAGAGGGACGAGGAAGCAGAGCAGGGAGGAGGAGGAGGAGGAGGAGAGGCUAGGGACGCUGAGAGGGACCGACCUCCGUCCUAUCAGGACGCUUUCUUCUUUCCUGUCCUCAUAAUACACGGGGAGGAGAGCUGCCACGCCGGCGACCACAUGUGAGACCGACAACAAACGUCUAGAGCAGCCGAGGGAAAAAAGCAGAGCGCACACAGGAAGGAGCGUGCUGAACCGGAGCAGGCGGAGACGGGCAGGGCAGAGAGAGAGAGAAAGACAGGCUUGGGUCUGACGCAGGGAUAACGAAUGGUCGGGGGUUACGAACACACACACACGGCGCGGUCUGUUGGCCGCCAGUAAAUCCACAAGUUCGGGGGAUCAGAGUUGUUGCAGAGUGCAGUUAGGAGAUAAGAUAGAGCGCGAGUAAAUCCUUGAAAUUGCACGCUUUACCGGGGAGGAGGUGAGGGAGACUGGAAGCUCAGAAAUGUGUGUUUGCAUAUAUAUCUAUGCAGGAGCUGGAGUGGGAGGGCUGACGGUUCUAAAGAUAGCCACUUGAAGCGCAGUUAGAGCACACUGAACGACGGAGGAUGUUCUUUUUUACUGAAGAAAUGGGUCGAUUAGGUAGAGAUCGAGAUACAGAGAGGUGAACUAACAAUAUUUAUUAUUCUAAA